AUGGCUCAAUCUCACGCUUGCUGUACCGUUCCUCCCGUCAUUAGCAAGGGCUAUGAUGCCAAGGGUACUUAUACCACUAUCGAUGGCAUGAAGACCUAUGUCACUGGCCCCAGCGAUGCGAAGAAGGCUCUCUUGGUCAUCUACGACAUCUUCGGUUUCAAGGACCAGACUAUCCAGGGUGCCGAUAUCCUGGCUACCAGCGACAAGGAGAACCAGUACAAGGUCUUCAUGCCCGACUUCUUCGAGGGCAAGCCCGUCGACAUUAGCGACUACCCUCCUGACACCAAGGAGAAGGGCGAGCGUCUCGGCAAGUUCUUCGAGACCACCGGCGCACCACCCAAGACCGUCGGCCGCAUCCCCAAGGUCAUCGAUGAGAUCAAGUCGCAGAACCAAUGCAUUCAAUCCUGGGGCAUUGUUGGCUUCUGCUGGGGAGGCAAGAUCGUGAACUUGUCUUCGCAGAAGGAUACUGUCUUCAAGGCUGCCGCUGCCUGCCACCCCGCCAUGGUCGACCCCAACGACGCUGCUGGUAUUAGCAUUCCUAUUGCUAUGUUGCCUAGCAAGGAUGAGGACAAGGAGGCUGUGGAGAAGUGGGAGCAGGGUGUCAAGACCAAGCAUCUUGUCAAGUGGUACAACGACCAGGUCCAUGGCUUCAUGGCUGCUCGUGCCGACCUCGAGGACGAGAAUGUCAAGAAGAACUACAUGGAUGCUUACGGCGUUCUGUUGAACUUCUUCCACGAGCACCUGUAA